AUGUUGGUUGUUUUGCUCCAGGGUGCCCACAGGCCUCACAAGGUCUCCCGGUACAGGGACAGGGUGCAGGGUGCCCACAGGCCUCACAAGGUCUCCCGGUACAGGGACAGGGUGCAGGGUGCCCACAGGCCUCACAAGGUCUCCCGGUACAGGGACAGGGUGCAGGGUGCCCACAGGCCUCACAAGGUCUCCCGGUACAGGGACAGGGUGCAGGGUGCCCACAGGCCUCACAAGGUCUCCCGGUACAGGGACAGGGUGCAGGGUGCCCACAGGCCUCACAAGGUCUCCCGGUACAGGGACAGGGUGCAGGGUGCCCACAGGCCUCACAAGGUCUCCCGGUACAGGGACAGGGUGCAGGGUGCCCACAGGCCUCACAAGGUCUCCCGGUACAGGGACAGGGUGCAGGGUGCCCACAGGCCUCACAAGGUCUCCCGGUACAGGGACAGGGUGCAGGGUGCCCACAGGCCUCACAAGGUCUCCCGGUACAGGGACAGGGUGCAGGGUGCCCACAGGCCUCACAAGGUCUCCCGGUACAGGGACAGGGUGCAGGGUGCCCACAGGCCUCACAAGGUCUCCCGGUACAGGGACAGGGUGCAGGGUGCCCACAGGCCUCACAAGGUCUCCCGGUACAGGGACAGGGUGCAGGGUGCCCACAGGCCUCACAAGGUCUCCCGGUACAGGGACAGGGUGCAGGGUGCCCACAGGCCUCACAAGGUCUCCCGGUACAGGGACAGGGUGCAGGGUGCCCACAGGCCUCACAAGGUCUCCCGGUACAGGGACAGGGUGCAGGGUGCCCACAGGCCUCACAAGGUCUCCCGGUACAGGGACAGGGUGCAGGGUGCCCACAGGCCUCACAAGGUCUCCCGGUACAGGGACAGGGUGCAGGGUGCCCACAGGCCUCACAAGGUCUCCCGGUACAGGGACAGGGUGCAGGGUGCCCACAGGCCUCACAAGGUCUCCCGGUACAGGGACAGGGUGCAGGGUGCCCAUAGGCCUCACAAGGUCUCCCGGUACAGGUUGAAAAAAUGA